UUGUCGGAAAUUUUGAAGUACACCGGCGGAAAUAAAAUAUUUGCAAUUAACAUACGCAUGCGUAAAACGGUGUUUUGAUUUCCCCGCGUAAGAAAACACAUAAAUUGCCCAUUUAUUUUCGCAAUUAUUCCUUUCAUAAUUACGGAUGAGGUCAUAGGAGUGAAACUGGAGGAUGUAAUGUGCUUAUGAUAUGAUACAAAAGAGGCAAAUCAUAAUAUUUUGUAUUACAAACUAAACCAGAAUGAUGUGACAUAUGGGAAACAAGCAAACAAUGCCAGUGAGAUUUCGGUUUAUAGCUAUAUGAGGCUGAAACAUUUUAAUAUUAGUGUUUUCAUCUCACAUAACAUCUCGUACAUCUGACAAUAAAAAAAUGUCGCAUUCCGCUCCAACCAGCGCUGACGCCUGUUUGAGCAUCGUUCACAGUUUGAUGUGCCAUCGGCAAGGCGGAGAGAGUGAAUCGUUCGCCAAACGUGCAAUAGAAUCCCUUGUUAAGAAGUUAAAGGAGAAACGAGAUGAGCUAGAUAGCUUGAUAACAGCCAUAACAACCAGUGGUGCGCAUCCUUCAAAAUGUGUAACUAUCCAGCGGACUUUAGAUGGACGGUUGCAGGUAGCAGGCAGGAAAGGAUUUCCACAUGUUAUUUAUGCCAGAAUUUGGCGGUGGCCCGAUCUUCAUAAAAAUGAACUAAAGCACGUUAAAUACUGCCAAUACGCAUUUGAUCUGAAACAAGACAGUGUUUGUGUGAAUCCCUAUCAUUAUGAGAGAGUUGUCUCCCCUGGAAUAGAUCUGUCGGGAUUGACCAUCCAACAUGCUGCGCCACCAUCAAGAUUGGUCAAGGAUGAAUAUGGUAAUGAGAUUGGUUCAGCUUCUGGACUGGACAGCGGUACAUCAAGUGACCUCUCACAGACCGUUCAACAUCCCCCAGUAGAUGGCUUCAGUAGGAUGUCUGGCAUGGGGCCGUCAUCGUCAGCUAGUGUGGGGCCCGCAGGGCAGAUCACAGAUCCAAGAGUGUCGGGGGUUAUUUCCAACCCGAUGACCUCAAUCUCAGCCAGCGGGAGUCGUAUCAGUAGCAGUGGUAUAGGGCCCGGCCAUGCGAUGUCACCACAAUCCUAUUCUACAGGGAUACCCAACUCACAGGCUAUAACACCAUAUUCCAACAGAACGCCCUCUACCAGUUGGGAUGGAGGGAAUGCUUCAUUUACACAGAAACAUGACGGUCAACAGUAUUGGAAUAAUCACACAAUUCAGAGCCCUGAUGUACCUCUUCAACCUCUAACCAAUCAACCUCCUCCAGAAUUCUGGUGUACAAUAUCGUACUUCGAGUUAGAUCAACAGGUCGGUGAAACAUUUAAAGUACCGUAUAGUUGUAGUACGGUAACUGUGGACGGGUACACGGACCCGUCAAGUCUAGAUCGGUUUUGUCUAGGCCAACUUUCUAACGUACAUAGAUCUGAAGCCAGUGAACGGGCAAGAUUACAUAUAGGUAAAGGAGUGCAGCUAGACUAUAGAGGGGAAGGGGACGUGUGGAUACGAUGUGUUAGUGAUCACAGUGUAUUUGUACAAAGCUACUACCUCGAUAGAGAAGCUGGUCGCGCACCAGGCGACGCUGUACACAAAAUUUAUCCCAGUGCAUAUAUAAAGGUAUUUGACAUACGACAGUGUCAUCGUCAGAUGCAGCAACAGGCUGCCACAGCACAGGCCGCAGCAGCUGCUCAGGCUGCCGCUGUGGCGGGUACCGUACCCGGUCCAGCAUCAGUAGGUGGUAUUGCUCCAGCUGUAGGUCUCAGUGCGGCUGCAGGGAUUGGAGUUGAUGAUUUAAGACGUUUAUGUAUUUUGCGGCUGAGCUUCGUGAAAGGUUGGGGACCGGACUAUCCUAGGCACAGUAUUAAAGAGACACCUUGCUGGAUUGAGGUCCAGUUACAUAGACCCCUACAACUGCUGGAUGAGGUCCUUCAAGCCAUGCCCUUGAAUGAAGCCCGCGUAAACAGGGGGUAUUUUCUUGGUUGAAAAAAAUGGGGAAAGAAAAAACA